AUGGCGGCCUCCAUGGAGCACGCCGAUAUACCGUCAACUUCCCAAACGGAUGCAAACGGGGACCUCGCAAGUUCCGAUUCGGUUUCGGAAGACGAAGCGGCCGAGCCCAGGAUUCUGGACGCUCCCCAGGACAUCCAUUUGGAGGCGGUCGCCAACACGGUGGCCGUCCACCCUAGCCGAGACAUGCUGGUUUGCGGGGACGUCGACGGGGACGUGUACGCUUUCUCCUAUUCUUGUACGGAGGGCGAGAACCGCGAGCUGUGGUCCUCCGGACACCACCUCAAGUCCUGCCGACAGGUGCGCUUCUCCCAGGACGGCGAGAAGCUCUUCAGCGUCUCCAGGGACAAGGCUGUUCACGUGCUGGACGUGGAGCGAGGUCGGCUGGUCACCAGGAUCCGCGGCGCCCAUGGAGUUCCCAUCAAUAGUCUGCUUCUGGUGGACUCCAACAUCGUGGCCACUGGAGAUGACGGCGGCACGCUUAAGCUCUGGGACAUGAGGAAAGGUACAGCUUUCAUGGAUCUGAAGCACCACGAUGACUACAUCAGCGACAUAGCCGUGGACGAAGCUAAGAAGAUCCUGCUUACUACCAGUGGCGACGGCACCAUGGGCGUCUUCAACAUCAAGAGGCGGCGCUUCGAGUUGCUGUCUGAGUACCAAAGCGGCGAUCUGACAUCGGUGACCCUGAUGAAGCGAGGCAAGAAGGUAGUCUGCGGUUCUUGCGAAGGCACCAUCUACAUUUUUAACUGGAACGGAUUUGGCGCUACCAGCGAUCGCUUUGCCCUGCGAGCCGAGUCAGUGGACUGCAUGGUCCCGAUUAACGACAAUAUACUAUGCGCCGCCUCCAUGGACGGCUACAUUCGCGCCAUCAACAUCCUCCCCAACCGCGUCAUAGGCUGCAUCGGGCAGCACGUCGGCGAACCUGUCGAGGAGUUAGCCAAAAGCUGGGACUCGCGCUUCCUGGUUAGCUGCGCCCACGACCAACGCAUCAAGUUCUGGGACAUUUCCUCAUUAGCGUCGACCACCGUCGACGAGUACCGCAAGAGGAAGAAGAAGGACGGAGGCAUGAAAUCUCUUUCCAAGAAAGCUUUGGGAGACAGCGACUUCUUUUCGGGGCUUGUCGAGGAGCCGCAGAAGACUGAGGACGGUGAAAAGGAUGAAGAACAUGAAGAAGGAGAAGACAGUGAUAGCGACAGUGGCAGUGAUUGA